AUGCCUGUUGUUGUGCCUGCAGGUCCCCACUGUGUGGUGGGGCCCUACAAGGUGUACGUGGUCAGCGGCAUCGCACGGUGGAACGCCGACAGGAGCUCUGCGGCUGUGUUUGGAGGUCGGCAGAGGUCCAGUGUCUACUCUGCGCCGCUCGUGGACCGCCUCAACGCUCGCUGCCAGCUGCUUUUCCGGGAGGCCGUCGAACAGAAUCUCCGGCCCCCGGCUGAUGUUCAAUCGGACGAGCUGCUCGGGCUGGAAUACCUGUUUCGCCAGAGCACGGGGGAAUCUGAGGAGGUGUAUCAGCCUGGUGAUCCCGGCGCUAAGGCAGACGAAGCCUACCAAAGCGACAAGGACCUGGAAGACAUAGAUGCUGCCCGCAUCACGCUGACCAACAAUGAGACGGCCACUGUCCAUCCGCCAGCCUUUGAGGACGCCUGCAGUGCCAAUCCCCUCUCUGGGUUCCAGGAGCUGAAGGCCUUCUGCGCUACGCUAGUGCAGCUUGGGGGUGCUGACCAGAAGUUACAGCUCACCACCGACCAGCACAACGCCAUCCUCGACACCUGGAAUGCGGUGGAGGAGCAUGACAAGCAGCCACAGAAGUACCACCAGCUGUACCGCACGCACUGGGGCAACACCUUGUACUGCCGUACAAAGAGGGAUGACCUCGGCGACGCCGCCCUGAUCCAGCGGGUGAAGAUGGCCAGGAGGUACGCGCCGGCCCAGCAGGACAUCAGCCCGCAGCACAACCGCCUCAUGUACGUGCUGGUCAAGCUGUUAUGGUUGAGUGCCCCCCAGUCCUCUCGGAUCGGCCAGGAGAAGGCCAGCAUCCUCAAGGCCUAUGAACGCAUACAACACAGGGUGUUGGUGGACGAUCCGGCCUAUGAACGCAUAUAACAGAGGGUGUUGGUGGACGAUCC